AUGCCAUCAGCAGUUCCACCUUCUCUUCUCAGUUCAAAUUCUGACUCACAAGAGUUUUUUAAUAAGAGACUUGAUUAUUCUAAACUUAUAGCCACCUAUAUAAUGUCGGUUCUGGCCGCAAGUAUAGCAGAAAUUGUUACCUAUCCUCUAGACCUCACCAAAACAAGGCUUCAAAUUCAAGGGGAAAGAGCUGGUCAUUUUGGAAAAAAUGUAGUUCGCAGAGGCAUGUUACACACUGCCAUUGGAAUUGUACACGAGGAGGGAUUAUUAAAAUUAUGGAAUGGUAUCACUCCUGCUCUUUACAGACAUGUUAUAUACUCAGGAGUUAGAAUAGUAAGUUAUGAGACACUUAGAGAUAAAAUUCUUGAUAAAGAUCCAGAUAGAAAAUUUUCUUUAUGGAAAUCUGCUGUUACUGGAGCUGCUUCUGGAGCUUUUGCACAGUUUCUAGCCAAUCCCACAGAUUUAGUAAAAGUACAAAUUCAAAUGGAAGGAAAAAGAAAAUUACUAGGUUUAGAACCUAGAGUUCACAGUACAUAUCAUGCUUUUAAAAAAAUUUUAAAAGAAAAUGGCAUCAGAGGUCUUUGGAAAGGUUCUAUUCCCAACAUUCAAAGAGCUGCCUUAGUAAAUUUAGGGGAUUUAACAACUUAUGACACUGCAAAACAAUUUAUUUUAAAAAACACAUCAUUAACCGAUAAUCAUUGUACUCAUGUUUUAUCUAGUGCUUGUGCUGGUUUAGUAGCUGCAACAGUGGGAACUCCUGCUGAUGUCGUAAAAACUAGAAUAAUGAAUCAGCCUACAGAUAAAAAUGGAAGAGGUUUAUUGUAUAAAUCUUCUUUAGAUUGUUUAAAAAAAACAAUUCAAGAUGAAGGUAUAUUAGCAAUUUAUAAGGGAUUUUUACCAAUUUGGAUAAGAAUGGCUCCUUGGUCUUUGACAUUUUGGCUUUCUUUUGAACAAAUUCGACAUACAAUGGGAGUAAGAGCUUUUUAG